AUGACCACACCUACUAAUGAUCAGGCUCUCAAGACCCCGACGGGGUCGAACGGUCCUCCACCACUGCGCAUUCGCCGGCCAAAAGUGGCCGAUCCCCUAGUGCGACCGAAGAGGAGACCGGCAAUGAGACCGCCAGCUCCAACGUCGGCAGCAAAUGGCGCAUCAAGAAUGCCCAACUCCAGACCAGUCACUUCGGGCCAGCUACCAGGGGCUCGCGCUGAGAAAAGCCUGACCCCAAAGAAUGAUUUCUCGGCAAACGGUUUCAGCGGCCCGUUGUUGUCUGAGAAUUACGUUGAUUACCCCAUCGUGACUACAAGACGAGCAUUGCGCGAAGGCUUGAAGCACCAUAUCGCCAGGUUCACCUCGAAAAAGUCCGUCGAUCCUCGCGACGAAAGUCAGUUUACUCGCCCCGUUAGACUCCAGCGCCGAGAUCCACGAGCACGGCCGAACGAAGCGAACGUCGAGAGAGGCCAACUCAAUUCGAAACCCGGCUCCGAACAAAGCACGCAGAUGGAUGAACUUGAACGCGAGGAGUUGGAGGCUAGGAAAGCAGCUCGUGAAAAAGAACGCGCAGAUAACAUGGCCCAAAUAGCCCCUUCCGUCGGCUCAGCGCCGAAAAGGCAUAAUGCUCCCAAACAGAAAACCCAGCAAGUGACUAAAACAGACAUGACCCCCGAGGAGAUUGCCAGGACCCGGAUCAAGUAUGAGGAGGCCCUUCCAUGGCACUUGGAGGAUUUUGACAACAAAAAUAUCUGGGUGGGAAAUUAUGAAGCCGCGUUGUCAGAGACCCACGCAGUCUUUGUGCUUGAGAAUACAGGGAAGAUGAGAAUGAUACCAGUUGAGAAGUGGUAUCGCUUCAGUGCGAAGAAUACAUUCAAGGCUUUGACCAUAGAAGAAGCCGAGAGACUUAUGGCUAAGAAGAUCAAAGAUCCGCGGUGGUUUAUGGAGAAACAACAAGAGCAAGCUCAACGGAAGGAACUGGAACAAUUUGCCAGACAACAAAAAGUGUACGCUGGUAAACAGGGAACCCCAGGCGGUGUCGAAGGAUUAGAAGCGGAUGAGAUGGACUUCGAGGAGGAUAGGUUUGCCGAUGAUGAGGAGCAUGAUGAUCUUUUCAACGAGGAUGAGGAAGCCAAGGCCGCCGAAAAGCGAAUCAAACAAGACCAAUUGAAAGCCAAUGUGUUUGAUCUGAAGAACGAAAAGGACUAUGAAGAGGAGGAACUUAGAGAGAAAAGAGAAAAGGAAGCCCGUCGAGUGCUUGGAAAGAAAGUACGCAAGGCCCUCCAGAAAAGGGAAAAGAACUAUGAUUAUAGUAGCGGUUCAGAUGUGAACCCUUAUUCAGAUGAGGAGAGCUCGGACGAAAGUGAAGCCGAACGACAGAAGGAGGAGGAAGAGGGCAAAGCCGAGGAGGACAAGAACAAGAAAGAGCCCUCAAAAGGCAACCUUACUCCAUCAGGUCGCUCACGACACGCCGAUCCGGCCAAAAAAGGCUCUGCCGCGGCACCUAGGAAGCGGUUAGGGUCUCCUUCUGAUGCAAGUGGUACAGAUACGUCCCGUAAGAAGGGGAAGAGCAAACAUCCGUCUUCCCAGCCAACACCUCAGCCACCAUCUCGCCCUAUGUCUCCAAGCGCGUCAUCAUUACCCGUCAGCAAAAAGCGUGUUCGGAAUGUGCUAGCAGGCGGCGCGGGAUCUGCUAGCGAUGUUGACGGCGGGGCUGGAUCGGGAGGCGAAAUGAGUGAGAGUGGAAAGGUCAAGAAACUAAAGCUCAAUCCUCCGUCAGUGGCAUCACAGAGUGUGACACCGCAGGGCUCAAGGGCCGGCAGUCCGGCUCCCUUGGGUAGCAAGAGCUUCUCCGGAAGUCGUGCUAGCAGUCCGGAAUCUUUGAGGGGUCCAACACGCAUUUCAACUCCGGGUCCAUCUGGUAGUGCCCAGGGCUUCCCAACACCCGCAGAAAUCCAUGCUGCUAUUCCGCAGUCUGGUAUUGGAAGUAGUGAUCUGCUUAGAAUCUUCCGUCCUCGUAUUGGGGAAUCCAAAGAGAACCACCGGCGGUUCAUAGCAAUUGUCAAAGAUGUUGGAGUGUACGGGAAAGAAGAUAGGCUCCUACGACCUGGUUCACUGAAAGAGACAUAA